AUGUCACUCCCCGAUGACCCUCUAAACCUCAACCAAUAUAAAACAACUAUAUCCGAACCAAGAAAGAACUGGGUCCCAUACUCUUUCAAUGACGAGAAGGAAAAGCUCACGGCCUUCUACAAGGACCAAAAUGAAAUGAUCGAGGGUUUCCUCUCCGCCGGGGAAGAAGAGCGCCUCAAAGCCGAGGACGAAGCCCAAAAUGGCGGUAAAGUGAAGCUUGCCGUGCGCGCCAGCUUCACAGUCAACUUCUUCCUCUUCGUGAUCCAGCUCUACGCAGCCGUGACAACAGGCUCUCUAGCCCUCUUUGCCACCGCCGCAGACGCCUUCAUGGAUCUCGUCUCGUCGGUUGUUAUGCUAGUUACGUCGCGCAUGUCAUCGCGCCCAAAGCCAUACAAGUACCCCGUUGGACGGCGCCGCGUCGAAACAAUGGGAGUGAUCAUGUUCUGUGCGUUGAUGACUAUCGUGGCCGUGGAGCUGAUUAUUGAAUCGGCUAAGGCUCUUGCGGGGGGCAAGACUGAGUCCGAGAAACUGGAUAUUGUGCCGCUGGUUUGUGUGGGUGUUGCUAUCUUCUCCAAGUUCGUCAUGUUUUUGUACUGCUAUGGCUUGCGUCGGUACCCGGCUGCUCAUGUCUUUUACAUUGACCACCGCAAUGAUCUGGCUGUUAAUGGGUUUGGGUUGAUUAUGUCGAUUGUGGGUGAUCGAUUUGUCUGGUAUCUUGAUCCUGUGGGCGCGUGCUGCAUUGCCCUGCUUAUCUUGUUCUCGUGGGCGUCGACUGCGUUUGAGAAUAUGUGGUUGAUUAGGAUUCAGAAGAUGGAUACGUGUCGCGCUUAUCAUUCUGGACAACAGCUCUAUGUUGAGGUUGAUAUCGUCAUGGACCCCGAGACUAAGCUUCGGGAGUCUCACGAUGUAAGCCAAGCGCUGCAGCGCAAAUUAGAAGGUCUCGCAGAUGUCGAGCGAGCUUUUGUGCAUGUCGAUUAUGAUUAUCUGCAUGAUGUCAAUGAGGAACACAGGCCGCUCUAUGAGAUUGGUGGAGCGAAGCACUCCAUCAGAGCUCUGGUGAAGCGAUUAUGGUCUAAAAACAAGGAGCCGACAGACGGGACUGCUGUGUGA